AUGAGCCGCUCUUCAAACGAGCAUGAUCACAACGAUGACCGCGACAAGGCAGCUGCCCUUUUAAUCCAGCGCAACUACCGCGGCUAUCGCACACGAAGGCAGCUCGAUGGAUGCAACAUCUCUGCCGACACUCGAUGGUCCGAUGCUGUCCAUCGCUUGCGACUAGAACAGGCCAACAAGUCCUCCAACAAUGGCGAAAACGAUGCUACGUCCAGAUGGAAACGAGGUCAGCUACUAGCAGGCCAGAUUGCUGGAGGCGAAAAGAUGGACUCUUCACCAGCAAAUCAAGGCGGCGACGGAGGCGCUGAUGCUCCUGUGGAAGGCGGACCUUCGCUCGAGACUGCUCAUCGAACUGAUGGCGAACAGAAGCUCGCACAAGGUGAUACCAAAGUUGGCCAUGUUCCUGGCGCCCAAGAGAACGGCAAAGUCGACAACAUUCGCAGCAUCGCAGAUCCUCACCAAAAGGCUCUCAAGCUGAUCGAGUGGUGGACUCGCGCAGGCAAGGCGCAGGAGCUGAGCAAGAUGAUGGAAGAGCAAUACUGGCUCGAGAUGGUCGAUCGCAAGCACCGCUACGGUUCCAAUCUCAAAUACUACCACAAAGCUUGGCAGGAGGCAGAUACCCGCGACAAUUUUUUCAAGUGGCUCGACCAAGGAGAUGGUAAAAAGGUCAGUCUGGAUGACUGUCCAAGAGAGAGGCUCGACUCGGAAUGCGUCAUCUAUCUCAGCUCAGAGCAGAGGCGAAACUACAUUGUCGACAUUGAGAAUGGUAAGCUUGUUUGGCGCAGGAAUCGUAAACCCGUUGACACAAAGCGCAACAAGCACAAGGAUCUGGGCAAGGGUAGAGGCAUUGUUGACAUCGAUGAAGAGGAGCAGCACGAGUUGCGGAAGGAUAGGGAGCGACGAGCCUUGCAGCGUGGUGUAUCCGAAAGCUCGCUUGAUUCCUACCUCGACGGUAGCUCCUCCUCCUCCUCUUCCUCCUCUUCCUCAUCGUCCAACGAUGGCGAACAGAUGUCAAAAGAGGAAAAGGACAAAGCCGCAAAGCACUAUCAAUCCAAGGGGCACGGUAAAUCGCGCAAGCUCGACGUGCUCCACUCAUCAAACUGGUCGGACAUGCUCCUGCGCAAAACCAUCGGCAACAAUACUUGGAUCUACGUCUUCAACUCUCGUCAUGAGCUCUAUGUCGGACUCAAGCUGACUGGAUACUUUCAACACUCCUCGUUCCUCUAUGGGGGCCGCGUGCUCUCAGCAGGAUUGCUCAAAGUGAACAACGGUACACUGACCAGUCUGAGUCCUUUGUCAGGACACUAUAGGGCAGGAACGGCACAUUUCAGAUACUUUGUCAAGAAGCUGCAAGAUUCAGGUGUUGAUUUGGACCGGGUGGCAUUGUCAAAGAGUCUCUUGAUGCUGGCUGGGAUGGAAAAGUACGGUAAGGCAAUGGGCAAGGUGAAAGGUGGGAAGAAAGAGGAUAGGAAGAAGGAGAAGAAUAGGACGCAGGCGAAAGGAGAAGACGAGGAUGGGAAGGGGGAGAAGCAAAGUUUAGCUAGUAGACUCAAGCAGAAACUGCAUUUGGGGUCGAGAAAGGAGGAGGCGGAUGAGCGGGAAGAAGCGGAUACGGAAGACGAGCCGGGUGGAUUUGCGAGGUUGAAGGACAAGUUCAAGCCUUCUUGA